AAAUUUAUGGAUUAGACUCGGGUUGAGCUGAGUUAGUCCGCCCAAGUUACACCCCCAAUCCGUGUUUAUAGAAUUGAACCAACAUAUUUGAGUUAGGGGGGUUUAAUGUGUUGUAAACUCAAAUUGAGUCGAAAUCACGAUAAACCCUAGGGUUUUCUUCUUCUUCUGCAUCAUCCUUCGUUGAGCAUCCAAAGUCUCGGACUCUGCAAGCCUGGGUUGAUUCUGAAAGCCCUUUAGAUAUCACUCUAAAACAACCUAGCGUUGCCACAGAAACUUCAGAAUGAGACGACCCAAAUCCAAACAAUUCCGCAAGCAAAAUCGACUGUCAGAGGUCCAAGAAAUCGAAUUGCUCGAAUCCUGGACCGAAUUCGGCAAACCCGAUUCAGGUUCGAACCCGUUGUCGCUACCGCCGUUGCCGUCCGACGCUCCAGUCGGCCGAAUGGACGAGAACUCGUUCUCUUCAUACGCCGGGUGCAAGAAAUUCAGUCAAUUGCCUAUCUCUCAGAAAACAAAAGAUGGGUUGAGACAAUCGAAGUACAUAAAAAUGACUGAAAUUCAGAGGGCUUCGCUGCCGCACGCGCUCUGCGGCCGUGACAUCCUCGGCGCGGCGAAAACUGGGUCUGGGAAGACACUGGCAUUCAUCAUUCCGGUCUUAGAGAAGUUAUACAGAGUGAGAUGGGGUCCAGAGGAUGGGGUAGGCAGCAUCAUAAUAUCUCCAACAAGGGAGCUAGCUGGCCAACUUUUUGAAGUACUGAAAUCUGUUGGGAAGCACCACGGUUUUAGUGCUGGCCUCCUAAUUGGUGGUCGCAAAGAUGUCGAUGCUGAGAAAGAGCAUGUAAAUGAGUUGAACAUCUUGGUCUGCACUCCUGGUCGGCUUCUUCAGCACAUGGAUGAGACUCCAAAUUUUGAUUGCUCACAGCUUCAGGUUUUAGUUCUUGAUGAGGCAGAUCGUAUUCUUGAUGUUGGAUUUAAGAGCGCAUUGAAUGCGAUAGUUUCACAGCUACCGAAGCGUAGGCAAACAUUGCUUUUCUCUGCCACUCAGACAAACUUGGUUCAAGAUCUUGCAAGGCUCAGUUUGAAGGAUCCAGAGUACAUCAGUGCGCAUGCGGAGUGUGAAACUGCCACUCCCAAUCGCUUGCAUCAAACUGCAAUAAUUGUUCCUCUCGAUCAAAAGCUUGAUAUGUUGUGGAGUUUUGUGAAAGCACAUCUCAAUUCAAGGAUACUUGUAUUUCUUUCAAGCUGCAAACAGGUAAAGUUCGUUUUUGAAGCAUUCAAGAAACUUCGUCCAGGAAUCCCCUUAAAAUGUCUUCAUGGAAGGAUGAAGCAGGAGAGACGGAUGGGAAUAUAUUCCCAGUUCUGUGAGAAAGAUAAACGUUCAGUUCUCUUCUCAACAGAUGUGGCCUCAAGGGGCCUUGAUUUCAAUAAGGCAGUUGACUAUGUUGUUCAGGUGGAUUGUCCAGAAGAUGUUGCAGCUUACAUACAUAGAGUUGGUCGAACUGCUCGUUAUCUUUGUGGUGGGAGUUCGGUUUUAUUCCUGAUGCCAUCAGAAAUUAAAAUGCUUGAAAAACUACAAGAAAAAAAAAUUCCCAUACAGUCUAAGAAGGCAAACACAAAAAAGCUGCAAGCCAUUUCCGGAUUGUUGGCACCUUUACUAGCCAAGUAUAACAAUUUGCAGCCACUGGCUCAAAGGGCCUUCAUCACAUAUUUGAAGUCUAUUUAUAUACAACGAGAUAAAGAUGUUUUUGAUGUAAUGAAACUGCCCAUUGAUGAAUUCUCGGCUUCAUUGGGUCUGCCAAUGACCCCAAAAAUCCGUUUUUUGAAGCAGAAAAUUAAGAGCAAAGCAGUGUCAGUAGAACCUUCUCUUCAACCUGGAAUUUCUCCCAAGGAGAAUUUGUUAAAACUUCCAAAGGAAAUGCCAGAUAUCGGCAAAUUUGAGGAAGACGUAGUGGAUGAUAUUUUUCUUAAAGGAAAGGAGACCCUUUAUGGAGGGGAAGAAAAGACAACUGAGAUCGGAGAUUUUAUGCCGGCAACUAAGGUAUCGAAGAAAAAAAAGCUGAAGAUUAAUAUCCACAAACCAGGGGGAAAAAGAGUUGUCUUUGAUGAGGAAUGCAAUCCGCUCCCUCCGCUUGCAACAUUAGCUGACACGAAGAGUGGCAAUAGUUCAGUCCAGCUUGACGUAGACUUGGUAAAUAGGAGAUACGCAGAGAUGAGGGAAGAGAUGAAACAACAGGACAAGGAAGACAAGCUUAGAGACCGUCAGCGCCGCAAGGAGCUACGGAUGAAGAAAAAGAUGAAGUGGAAGAGGCAAAGGGAGGAAGAGGAUGUAGAGGGUGAGGAUGAUGGCUUGGAGUCGGAUGGAGAAGCAAGUGUGAAACGGGUAAAUAAAAGGUCAAAAAUAUAUUUUGACAGUGACAAUGAUGAUGGUGAAAGAAAGAAAGAGGACAAAGUGAGUCUGAAUGCUGACUCCAUUUCUUUGGCAGAGCAAGAGGAACUCGCCCUUAAAUUAUUGGGUUCCAUGAACUCAUAGAUUAUAUAAAUCUCUUUAACUUUUUGUCAUGUUAAAUGUGUUUGAUUGCAGCAGAUUUGGAUAAAUAGAGGGACUUACAAGUUGCAUGGACUCUUGAUUUUGCGCAUGCUCUUCGCUACUGUAUAUGCGUGACGGGGUGUAAAAUUUAAUGAUGCACAUUUCUUAAUUGCAUUUAGACCAAAUCUAUAUCAUUAAUUAUUAUUCAUGGUUUCUUUUGAUUUUUCCUCCUUAA